CUCCGCCAAUGAGAAGAAGAAGAAGACUCCACUGUCUGCGAGGACCAGGAAGCUGUGCCGCGCGAAAAUUUUGAAUUGAGAAGCUGUUUUUAAUUUCGAUGCUGGUCAAAUCCUGUGCAGCCGAAGGAGGAUAAUACACGGAUUACCCCAACUGUGAAAACGUUUAUUCAAAGCCACGGGGAGUGGCGUAGCAACGCGAGAGUUGGGCACCUCAGCGUUCCAGACCGAAGUUAAUCCUUGCACGAGUAAUGAUGCAAUGCGUGCACACUGUAGAUGCGCUGAAUUCACAACCUCCAGCAAGCAUCUUCUGAGCAUGUGAAGUAAUGAAACUAUCAGGUCCUGACUCCAGUCCUGCCUCCAGACUAUGAAGAAACUGACAUCUUUUAUGUACAUUCUGCUAUUGAUCCAGACUUAUGAUGCCGUUACAGUGCCCCGGUCUCCAGUGACAUCACCUCCCAGCAGCGAUGUCACUCUCAGCUGCUCUUUCUCCUGUAAAGUGGGGGUUGAUCUCAGGAAAGCGGUGAUUACCUGGCAACGCCCUCCUGAUGAUCAUGUCGUCCACGAUUACUAUUACGGUCAAGACCAGCUGGCUCUGCAGAAUGAAACCUACAGGAAUCGGACCCAGCUGUUCCCAGAGCAGCUCAGUGUGGGGAACGCCUCCCUCAGACUGAAGCAGGUGCGGGGGGAGGAUGAGGGCUGGUACACCUGCGCUGUCACCAACCAAGGGGAGAGCACCUGGGGAGACGUGCGGCUCAUAGUGGCAGCUGAAUUCAGCAAGCCUCAGCUGGUUGUUACUGACAGUCCGGACAGUCCAGACAAGGCUCUCCUGAGCUGCAUCUCCACAGGAUACCCCAGCGCUUCAGUGCAGUGGCUGAAUGAGACAGGAUGUGACAUCACAGAGAGCAGCAGGACUAGCCAAUCGCUGGACAGGGAUGGGCUGGUGGAAAUCACAAGUCAGAUUUUAGUAUUCAGGGAUGCUAAUUAUACCUGUGUUCUUACCCACAGCCGACUGAACCAAACCCUCAAGAAGACGAUCACCUUAACAAAGAAGGGUUAUCCGGACAGGCAUCGCAUUGUUUUGUGGGUUGUCUUGACAGUGGUAGUAGGGGUAGCAACAGUGAUCAUUGCAAUCUGCCUGCUUUUCAAGCGCCGCUGUGAUGCCAGCACAUCAACAGAUCCAAUAGAACAACAGAACAUGCCCUGUCUGAUUUAACAGGUUCCAGGGGUCCAUCAUUAAAAGAACUGAAUUUAAUAUAUUUUUUUAAUGUUUUGUAAAAAAAAAAAAAAAAAAAAAUCUAAAUUUAUAUGCAACAACCGUAAUUUUCAAAUGUUAAAUAAUACCUGUAAAAGAUUUUUGUUUUUACUGAAGUGAUUAUUUCAAUGUAUUUCACCUUUUUUUCCCCUCUAUACUGUAAGAAACAUUAAAAUGUAAUGCA